GAUAUCGAUCCGCAAUCUCGGUCGCCAGGGCAGGGGUCUGGUGGCAUUCGGUUGGCUGCGCAGCGUUCGAUCGGCAGGCACGACAGAUUUUUGGCGGUAGGGUGCCUUCCUUGCUUCAGGGUGUUGCACAACAAAACGCCGGGACGCGCAUGCCAACCUCUUCUUGUCUUCUCCAGCCUUUCUCCUCCAUCACAAGUUAUUAGCAUCGUUAGCCCACCAGCAGCAUUAUGCCGAUAUUCCCAUUUUGAUCAUAUUGCGACACGGUAACCGUCGCCUAUUUCAUCGCUAGUAUUAUCGAAGAUCAUCCACAGAAUCGACUUGUUUGGGUUGCGCUCGGACGUCAGAUCUCACGAUGCGCGCUUCAAGCUUCCUCGCUCCGCUUUUCUUCGCCACCACAUCCUUGGCUCAAGGUGUCGAAGAAGGCAUCGAACCAUCCUCGCCUGCGCCAGCUGGAUGCGAAACAACUGUAAAGGGCAACUUCACUAUUGGCGUAGAGAACUUUUUUGCGGCAAGAUCCAAGCGCGAAACAGCUCAACAGGCCGCCGAUGGACUGCUCUUCUGCACACUCGAGGACGGUAUCCUCCGCGAUCAGUACAGCCGCACAGGUUCCGUUGUCGCCAAUCGCCAAUUUCAAUUCGACGGCCCGCCACAAGCAGGCGCCAUCUACACAGGUGGUUUCUCGGUAUGCCAGAACAAGUCUCUUGCCAUUGGUGGCUCGACAAGAUGGUUCCGAUGUAUGAGCGGUGCAUUUGGUAACCUGUACGACGAGUCGAUUGGCGAUCAGUGCACAGAAAUUAGGAUCAUUGUCGACUUCGUCAACGACCCUUCGCCUUCCAGCUCGCUCGUCCUCCCAGCCAGCACCACGCUCAGUCUCAUUCCUACUGGAGGAGCGGGCGUUACUGUAUCCUCCUCCGCCACCAAUGCGCCCUCCGUUGCGUCGAGCUCUGUCAGUAACAGCACGGUGUCGUCUGGUUCCUCUGCUGGCUCUUCGUCUCGAACCGCCACAUCAGCAUCAUCUAGCUCUGCCACUGGGUCGGCAAGCGGCCUUGCGAGUGGGCCUGCAUCCCGAACCUCGUCACCUACCGCCAGUGGUGCAGCUCCUCCUGCGUCCGAAGGCGGCGCCACUGUUUCUUCUCCCCUCGCACAAGGGGCCAUUCUGGGAGCACUGCUGACGAUCUUCGGUGCCGCAUUGACUUUGUAAGCUGCGCAAAACGCACGAACGUGCAUCCAACAGCGUGCAAAAAAUCU